AUGAGAGAAGCCGCCGCCGCCGCGCUGGUGCCGCCGCCCGCCUUCGCCGCCAGCCCCGCCGCCGCCAUGGAGGAGCCGCCGCCGCCGGAGCCCGAGCCCGAGCCCGAGAGCCGCCGCGCGGCCCGGCCGCAGUGCGCCCCGGAGUCUGACGUGGAGGAGCUCUCCGAGGAGGCCGACCCCGAGACCCUGGACGGCGCCUCUCCCCCCAGCACGCCCCGGCAGAUGAAGCGCCUGUCCGCCAAGCACCAGAGGAACAACGGAGGGAGGCCUGUCAGCCGCUCCAGUUUGAAAGAAAAAACAAAUGCAUUGAACCAGCCUCCACAUAAAGACACUGGAAAAAUCGAAGAAAAAAAGAUCCGAGCGGCAAUUAGGACGACAGAGCGCGAUCAUAAGAAAAAUGUGCAGUGCUCCUUCAUGUUGGACUCAGUGAGUGGGUCUUUGCCCAAAAAACCGAUUCCAGAUGUGGAUCUCAAUAAGCCUUACCUCAGUCUCGGCUGCAGCAACGCCAAGCUUCCGGUGUCUGUGCCCAUGCCUAUCGCGAGAACUGCACGCCAGACUUCCAGGACAGACUGUCCAGCAGAUCGCUUGAAGUUUUUCGAAACUUUACGACUUCUGCUAAAGCUUACCUCAGUCUCAAAGAAGAAGGACAGGGAGCAAAGAGGACAGGAAAACACAUCUGCUUUCUCAUUCAACCGAUCGAACGAGCUCCUCUGGCUAGAGCUGCAAGCCUGGCAUGCGGGGCGGACCGUUAGCGACCAGGACCUCUUCCUAUACACAGCCCGCCAGGCCAUACCGGACAUCAUCAACGAGAUCCUUGCUUUCACAGUCAGUCACGGGAGCGCUGCCUUUGCUGGAAACGGGGCUAGUCUCAAUGGCGCCCCGGGAGAAGGGCCGUGCGGAGCCCCUCACGGCGUGCGGAUUGUGGGUUAUCCCACGUACCACGAGCAUCUCCAGCGCCAGAGGGUGUCGUUUGAGCAGGUGAAGCGGAUAAUGGAGCUGCUGGAGUACAUAGAAGCACUUUAUCCAUCGUUGCAGGCUCUUCAGAAGGACUAUGAGAAGUACGCUGCCAGGGACUUCCAGGACAGAGUGCAGGCACUCUGCUUGUGGCUAAACAUCACGAAAGACUUAAAUCAGAAGCUACGGAUUAUGGGCACUGUGUUGGGCAUCCAGAACUUAUCAGACAUUGGCUGGCCAGUGUUUGAAAUCUCUUCCCCGAGAUCGUCCAAAGGCAAUGAGCCAGAAGAAGAGGGCGAGGACACCGAAGGAGAACUGAAGGAGCUGGAAAGUAGCUCGGAUGAGAGUGAAGAACAGACCUCUACUCCGAGGGCGCCAGCGACCCGGCAGCCCAUCGCCAGCACCUUCAGCUUCCAGGCGCAGGACUGCAUGGCCGCCCAGAGGCUGGAGCGGCUGGAGUCCGAGGAGGACUCCGUUGGCUGGGGAACGCCAGACUGCAGCUCCGAGGCCGGCUGCAGCAGACAUUGCCUGACUUCUAUUUAUAGACCGUUUGUAGACAAAGCCCUGAAGCAGAUGGGGUUAAGGAAGUUAAUCUUGAGGCUUCACAAGCUGAUGGAUGGCUCCUUGCAAAGGGCACGGAUGGCACUGGUCAAGAGCGACCGUCCCGUGGAGUUUUCUGAGUUUCCAGAUCCCAUGUGGGGCUCCGAUUAUGUGCAGCUGUCCCGAUCGCCUGCUCCUUCGGAGCAGACGUGCAGCGCCGUGUCCUGGGCGGAGCUCGAGGCCAUGGACCUACCCUCGUUUGAGCCUGCCUUCCUGGUCCUCUGUCGCGUCCUCCUGAAUGUCAUCCAUGAGUGCCUCAAAUUGAGACUGGAGCAGAGGCCUGCGGGGGAACCGUCUCUCUUGAGUAUUAAGCAGCUCGUCCGGGAGUGCAAGGAGGUGCUGAAGGGCGGCCUCCUGAUGAAGCAGUACUACCAGUUCAUGCUGCACGGCGUGCGGCGCGGCCUGGAGGAGGCCGACUGCAACAUGGACGCCUUCGAGGAGGACCUGCAGAAGAUGCUGAUGGUAUAUUUUGAUUACAUGAGAAGCUGGAUCCAAAUGCUACAGCAGUUACCUCAAGCAUCCCACAGUUUAAAAAAUCUGUUAGAAGAAGAAUGGAAUUUCACCAAAGAAAUCACCCAUUACAUCCGGGGAGGAGAGGCCCAGGCUGGGAAGCUUUUCUGCGACAUUGCAGGGAUGCUGCUGAAGUCCACGGGGUGCUUCCUGGAGGUCGGCCUGCAGGAGAGCUGUGCCGAGUUCUGGACCAGUGCCGACGACAGCAGUGCCUCGGAUGAGAUCAGGCGGUCUGUUGUGGAGAUCAGCCGGGCCCUGAAGGAGCUCUUCCACGAGGCUCGGGAGCGAGCCUCCAAGGCACUUGGCUUUGCUAAAAUGCUGAGAAAGGACCUGGAAAUAGCUGCCGAGUUCAUCCUUUCAGCCCCUGUUAGAGACCUUCUGGAGGUCCUGAAAUCAAAGCGGCACAUCAAGGUACAGAUCCCUGGCUUAGAAAACCUGCAGGUGUUUGUCCCAGACACUCUCGCCGAGGAGAAGAGGAUUAUCCUGGCGCUGCUCAACGCCGCCGCAGGAAAGGACUGCUCAAAGGACUGCGAGUACGUGCUGGUGCUCGACGCCUAUCUCCUGCUCACCAAGCACAGCGACCUGGCGGGCGACAGCUGGGCCACGUGGGAGGCGCAGCCUUUGAAGAUCGUGCCUCAGGUGGAGACUGUGGAGACCCUGAGGAGCAUGCAGGUGGAUAAUGUCUUACUGGUUGUCAUGCAGUCUGCACACCUCCUCCAUCAGAGGAAAGCUUUCCAGCAGUCCAUCGAGGGGCUGCUGACGCUGCGCCAGGAGCAGACUUCCAGCCAGCCCAUCAUCGCCAAGGCUCUGCAGCAGCUCAAGAAUGAUGCAUUAGAGCUUUGCAACAGAAUAAGUGAUGCCAUUGACCGAGUGGACCACAUGUUCACUUCAGAAUUCGAUGCUGAAGUCGAUGAGUCGGAAUCUGUCACGCUGCAGCAGUACCACCGGGAGGCCAUGAUUCAGGGCUACAACUUUGGGUUCGAGUAUCAUAAAGAAGUUGUUCGACUGAUGUCUGGAGAGUUUAGACAGAAGAUUGGAGACAAAUAUAUAAGCUUUGCCCGGAAAUGGAUGAAUUAUGUCCUGACUAAGUGUGAGAGUGGGAGAGGCACCCGACCCAGGUGGGCAACUCAAGGUUUUGACUUUCUGCAAGCCAUCGAACCUGCCUUCAUUUCAGCUUUACCAGAAGAUGACUUCUUGAGCUUGCAAGCCUUGAUGAACGAAUGCAUUGGUCACGUGAUAGGAAAGCCGCACAGUCCUGUUACAGCCAUUCAUCGGAACAGCCCCCGGCCUGUGAAGGUGCCGCGAUGCCACAGCGACCCUCCUAACCCCCACCUAAUUAUCCCAACGCCGGAGGGAUUCAGGGGUUCCAGUGUCCCUGAGAACGACCGGCUGGCUUCCGUCGCAGCUGAGCUGCAGUUCAGGUCCCUGAGUCGCCACUCCAGCCCCACGGAGGAGCGAGAUGAACCAGCCUAUCCAAAAGGUGAUUCGAGUGGGUCGACCCGAAGAAGUUGGGAACUGCGGACGCUGAUCAGCCAGACUAAAGACACCGCUUCCAAACAAGGGCCCAUGGAAGCUGUGCAGAAGUCAGUCCGGCUGUUUGAGGAGAAGCGGUACCGAGAGAUGAGGAGGAGAAACAUCAUCGGCCAAGUGUGCGACACCCCCAAAUCGUACGAUAACGUCAUGCAUGUCGGCCUGAGGAAGGUGACCUUCAAGUGGCAAAGAGGAAACAAGAUCGGAGAAGGGCAGUAUGGGAAGGUCUACACCUGCAUCAGUGUCGACACGGGCGAGCUGAUGGCCAUGAAGGAGAUCCGGUUCCAGCCUAACGAUCACAAGACGAUCAAGGAGACCGCGGACGAGCUGAAGAUAUUUGAGGGCAUCAAGCACCCCAACCUGGUGCGCUACUUCGGAGUGGAGCUGCACAGGGAGGAGAUGUACAUCUUCAUGGAGUACUGCGACGAGGGCACGCUGGAGGAGGUGUCCAGGCUGGGUCUCCAGGAGCACGUCAUCCGGCUCUACUCCAAGCAGAUCACCGUGGCGAUCAACGUGCUGCACGAGCACGGCAUAGUGCACCGCGACAUCAAAGGUGCCAAUAUCUUCCUCACCUCGUCGGGACUGAUCAAGCUGGGAGACUUCGGGUGCUCGGUGAAGCUGAAGAACAACGCGCAGACCAUGCCCGGGGAGGUGAACAGCACGCUGGGGACCGCAGCGUACAUGGCUCCUGAGGUCAUCACUCGUGCGAAGGGAGAAGGUCACGGGCGUGCGGCUGACAUCUGGAGCCUCGGCUGUGUGGUCAUAGAGAUGGUGACUGGCAAGAGGCCUUGGCAUGAAUAUGAACACAACUUCCAGAUUAUGUACAAAGUGGGCAUGGGGCACAAGCCCCCGAUCCCUGAGCGGCUGAGCCUGGAGGGCAAGGACUUCCUCUCCCACUGCCUGGAGAGCGAGCCGCGCCUGCGCUGGACGGCCAGCCAGCUCCUCGACCACUCCUUCGUCAAGGUCUGCACGGAUGAGGAAUGA